AACCCAUACUUUCCUAGCUAGCCAUGGAGAACGCCGAACACCACGACGAAGCCACCACCAUCCUCUCCCUUUCCCCUCCCCCUACGUCGGCGCCCCUCUCCCCGCCGAUAUCCCCCAACUUGGUGGCGCUGGCGAACGCGCGCUGGGUGCCCACCAGGGAGCAAAUCGCGGUGCUGGAGGGGCUGUACCGCCAGGGGAUGCGCACCCCCACCCCCACCGCGAGGCUGCAGGAGCACGGCCCUAUCGAGGGCAAGAACGUCUUCUACUGGUUUCAGAACCGGCUGCGCCAGAAGCAGAAGCAGCAGCAGAGAUCCGACUACUUCGCUAGGCAGCUCCGCCGUCCCCAGCCGCUGCCCACGCUCCGCAGGACCCCCGGCCACGCCUUCUCCCCGGUCCAGCUGCAGGCGCCGCCGGCGCCGAACACUCCUGCGUGCAACGGAGAAGCAAUGUACAUGCAGCAGCCAUGCUACAUGUCAGGGUCAGCAGCACAGGACGCGGCUAAUGCAACCUACUACUCACAGAUGCAGCCGCAGAUAAUGUAUCCGAGUGCGGAGAUGAUGGCGCAUGGCAAUGUACAGGCACAGGCGCAAGCCGCCACGUACUACCAGGCAGCAUCUCCGAACAACUCCAACACUCAACAACUGCGCAUACUCCAGUGCCCCCCGGCCGCCGGCAGCUACGGGGCGCUUGACGCCUACUCCCACCGCCCCGUGCUUCUGAAUCUGUUCCCACAGUACCCCACUUUUGCAAAUCGCAGGAAGACCCGCCGCGUCGGGAGCGUUGGCUCCGUGAGGCCAUCGACCUCAGGGUCGAUCUCUUGGGAGACGGAGAGUCCCAAGAUCCCCAACAGACACAUUGCUAUCGAUCUAUGACAUCUUUGGUGAAGGCCACUCAAGGUGAUGCAUGAUUGCUGAUAUGCUCGACAAGUACUUUGCUGAAAUCAUAUAGGCUAUCUCUCAGUCUCAUGGACAAGCCAUUGAGUAGAUGUUCCGGUUUUCUUUCAUGGGAUAUUUAGUUGGAAUGUUGGUUUACUUAGAUAAUUAUGAGGAAAAUGUGUAUUGCUUCAUAAACUUGAAGCGUGCAUUGGAAACCUUGUUAAAUUUCAUUGAGUUA